AUGAACUUCGAAAAUUCCUUUAAACUAACAAAGCUGUCUUUUCUAGUAUCAGGAAUCGAUGUUGCAAACAAAGAAAGGUUCUAUAUAAAGUCCAUAUACUAUUUCAACAUUAUAUGGCUGUAUACUGAUGUCCUGGGAGAAUUCUACUGGUUAUAUGAUGGAGUGAUGAUGGGCAAAGGUUUCGAAGAACUGUCUAUUAUCGUUCCGUGUUGCGUUAUUUGCUUCUUGGGCACAAUCAGAAGUGCGCCACUGUUCUUUUAUAGAUCUAAUCUUCUAGCAGUUUGGAAUAAAUUGCGUGAACUACAACCAAAGAACGAAUCUGAAAUAGAAGAUAAAGAGAACGAUACAGAAGUCAAAAUAGUAUCACACUCAGUAAAGUGGUUUUCUAACAUUGUACACUUCAUGGUUACGGCAAAUACGUCCGUCUUACUUGCUUUCUGUCUUCUGCCUCUGUUGAUCAUGGGUUUGGACUACAGGAAAACUGGUGAGGUGAAAUAUAAGCUGCCGUUUCUGGUUAAAUAUUUCUUCGAUCCCUAUACGCCUGUGACAUGGCCGCUCGUUUAUUUGCAUCAUUUUUUCUCUCCAUUAAUAGUAAUGUCAAAUCUUUUCGGAGCUGAUACAUUUUUCCACGCGUUCUGCAUCUACAUGAGAAUGCAUUUUAAGAUAUUGUGCAACAGAAUAGAGAACUUCGUGACAGCGUCCGCUGAGGAGACUAGCAAACGUCUACGGGCGUGUGUUUUGCGACAUCAAGAGCUAAUCGCAUUGGUGGAUCAAAUGGAACAAUUGUAUUCGACAGCGUUUCUGUUCAAUUUUCUCAUAAGCUCUGUUCUGAUUUGCCUUAGUGGAUUUAAUAUAGUGAGCUCCCGAGUAGCCGAAGCCAUAUUUAAGAGCCGAUGGUACGACGCAGAUCUUUCGAUUCGAAAGAGUCUUCUCAUUAUCUUGUUGAGAUCUCAAAAGCCCUGCUCUCUCACUGCAGCCAAGUUUGCUACUAUCAAUCUUAGCGCUUUCACAAAGAUUCUAAGUCGGUCCUGGUCGUAUUUUGCACUUCUUAAAACUAUGUACGAUUGA